AUGACUCCGAGACGAAGUCUUAAGCUAUGGUGCAUAGCACUAAUCGUAUGCAUUGUGAUGGUCAGCAUGAUACCGAAUGUGGAAGCCAAAACUAAACGACGUCACAAAAAUAAAACUUCCAGUGGACACAAAACCAGUAGCGGAAGCAGUAUCGGAAGUGGAAGUGGUACUACUCACAAGAAACCCCAUACCAGCGGAAGCAGUACCGGAAGUGGAAGUGGUACUACUCACAAGAAACCCCAUACCACGCAGACUGGACACAAAAAACCCUCUUCAGGUGGCAAUAAUGAUAAUCCGCCAGAAAAUAAACCUUCCAAACCAAAUCACCCCCACCAUCAGCCACCAAGCGGAGAAAAUCCACCUCCAGGAACAAAUCAUCCGGGACAAAGUAUACCCGGUAAUAAACGUCCUGCACACAAACAUCCUAGCCAAUCAGGAAAUGGUAAUGAGAAUGGCGAACAAAAUCGCCCAAGCGGUCAUCAUCAUAUAAAUAAGCCACAUCCGGGCAAUGGCGUAAAUAAUCAUCCGAAUAAAUCUCCCACCAAUCAUGGUCAUGCCAAACCAAAUCAUCCUAGCCAAAGUUCUCCCACCCAUGCACCACCAAUUAAAAAUCACCCCAUACAUAGUCAUCAUAAGAAGCAGGAGUCGGAAGGAAUGGAACCAAAUGAGGAAAUAAAACCGAUCUACAAUCACCCACAUCAUAAUAGUCCGAUGAUGGGGCAGUCGGGACAUCAUGGUGUUAAAAAUCAUCCAGCUCAUAGUUAUCCCACGCAGGAACCAGCACAUCCAACACAAAAUUAUCCCAGUCAUGGGGCUCGGAUGGCAGCUAUCCCACCGCUGGGGUAA